GUCAAAGAAAAUACCAAAGAUCGAAGGGGCCCAAUGAGAACUCCCGUUAGUGCAAAGUCUGCAUCAAAGCUCUUAUCUUGUUCUUCACCAUUUUCAAAUUCUAAUUCUAUUAUACGCCAAAGCCAAACCACUCGCCCAAACUAGAACCAGAAAAACUGGGUUCCUCUGCUUGUUUGGAUUCCAAGAAAAAACCACAACUUGCCUAGAGGGCAAGGAAAGGGAAAACGAAAAGGAAAAGGCAGAGGAAACACCCUUCUCUGUUUUUUCCUGCUUCUGGUUUUCCUUUUCUUUGAGCGGAAGAUGGUCCAGAGAAAGGUGACCGGCAAGCUUGGUAUCCAGGCCAAUCACGUUAAAUCGGAGAAGAUUUUGAGGAGUCUUGGACCGUCUUCUCCGAGGCACCCGGAUGGCAAGAGCAGAAUGAAGAAAUCAAGGUCAAUCAAGCGUCCGGAUUACGAAAACUUGCGAUCGUCGCCGAGUUUACGGCGGGAGCAGCUGCAGCCAGGGCGGCCGCCGCCACUUGUCGAUGCUCCAGCGGCAGCUGCCACCCCGCAAAGGCAGUUCUCGCCGAACUACAUGAAGUCCACGAGCAGUUUCGAAGCGAGGAAGGAGCGGUCGCCGGUAAGUUCUCAUAAUUCUCCGGCUUCUGUAGAUAGCAAGCGAUCGAAACAGAGUUCGAAGAAUUCAAAACUUGGCUCGGUUUCUGGCCAAAAAUCAGUGAAAACCUUAACAAGAACUUCCAGUUUGAAACUGGUGAGGACUUUGACGAAAUCUCCUAGCUUCAAACCGGCAAGAUCUUCUUUGCCUAUGAAGUGUUCGGAAGUUGUUCUAUGUGAAAAUCUGAAUGCCCAGAGGGCAACGUGCUCUUCAACUUUGAAGGAUUCCAAGUUGCCACCUUUCCUUGCUCUGAGUCCCGGCGCAACAGAGUCGGAAGGAACCUCGGCCAUGAAGGUCUGUCCGUACACGUACUGUUCUCUUAACGGUCAUCACCAUCCUCCUCUGCCGCCGCUCAAGUGCUUCUUGUCGGCGAGGAGGCAUAUGUUGAAGACUCAAAAGAGUGUGAAAAUGGGGUGCCUAUCCCCACGUCGAAGGAAAGAGAAACCUGCAACUUAUGAAGAGGAUUUAGAUAGCUCAGUGAUUAAUCCUCUGAUGAAAGAAGAGGAAGAAGAUAACUCCAUGAUUAACCCCCUGAUGAAAGAAGAAGAAGAAGAAGAAGCAGAUCAUAUGGAUUUCUUUAUCAAAAUCUAUGUUAAAGAUGUAGAAGAUAGCGUUGGAACAACUGGGGGAGGUGAAGAAAGAGACAACGAGAAGGAUAAGUUUUUGCCUUUGGUAGGAGGGGCCAAUGAAACAGUAGUAGAAGAAGAUGGUGGUGGGCAGGGUUUUGAGAGCGGCUUGGAAGUGGAGCCAUGUCCUGAGAUUGAUUUUGAAGGUAAUCUUGAUGAAACCAGUCAUAGUAUUUCGAAUGAAAUGGAGAUAGCAGAGUUCUUUUCUGAGGAGCAGAAUGUAGAGGCAGGGGAAGAAGUUUGUUCCCCUCUCUCUGUUCAAGAACAGGAAUCACCGGACUGUUUGAGUGAUCAGAGUGAUUUGGAAGUAGAAAGCUCACCAAGCACUGAAUUUGAUGGAACGGAUUCUGAAACUUCUGACAUGGAGUGGGAGGAGGGCCAGUACUCUGCACCAUUUGUCGAUGAUGAAGCUGGUAACUUGGCUCAAACCAACAAUGGAUCUGAUCCUGCUCUCAUCAGUGAACCUGCUUUCAAGUCAGUUGGCCUUGCUACCGGCUGCUUUGAUGAAAUUUCUGCUGAUGCAGGGCUGGAAGAAUUCUUUGAGCAAGUAAGUGAAAGCCCUGGAGCAAGUGAUUUGUUGCAUAAUUUUGCAGAACCAGAUCCAGAGGAAGUUUACGAGAAUAAAACUGAAGUUAGUGAAGGGGCACUUGACAAAGGCCUUCUACUUGAGGGCGAGGUAUCAAUAAUUAAUCAGGUACUAAAACAAGAACAGGCUACAGCUGAUGCUGGAGAUGAAACAAACAAGAGAGAGCCAGAAGCUGCUGCCAGAUCACUGAUUGGAAUCCCGUCUUUUGAGUCAUUGCAGUGUUCAUCUGAAGCUGAAAAUGAUAUUGCUAAGGAAGUGACUAAUGAAAUCAAACUUAACACCAAAGCCAGAGACAGCAAAAUAAACCAAGCAGAAGCUCAUGCUCAUUCAUCAGACAAGGAAUCACAGAGCAACAACCAGGUUGAAGAUCAGAACAACUCAGAGAAAGAUUGCAAUCAGACUUGGAGCUUCAAGAUCUCAGAUUCUGUGGAUUCCGAAAAUCAGACUCAUCCAGGGCUUAAUAAAGUCACUGUAGACAGCAACAGUUAUGAAGAUGUCAAUCAAAUGGAAGUGGAGCGUUCAGACAUUUCAGAUCCAGAACAAAGCUUCCCAUCAACAAAACUUGCAGCCAGCAGAAAAGAAACAAAAACUGCAUUCACCCGUGGCACAAAUCAUUCAAGUCAAGAACCAGCUGGGGUCCCCAUUAAUCUAAGAAUAACCAGAGGCAAGAUGCCUGUAGAGGAGUUGGAGGAAUCGAAGAAGUUCAAUCCACGAGAACCGAAUUACUUGCCAAUUGAGCUUGACCCGGAAGCAGAAAAGGUUGAUCUCCGGCAUCAAAUGGUGGAUGAAAGGAAAAAUGCCGAAGAAUGGAUGGUCGAUUAUGCACUUCAGCAGGCUGUCGCCAAACUUGCUCCAGCUCGGAAGAGGAAGGUGGCAUUGCUCGUUGAAGCUUUUGAGAAAGUCACACCAAUGUCCAAAUAUGGAUCCCAUGUGAGGCAUACAUCCCCAGCUUUUGUUCAUGCCCGGACUAUUCAAGCUUGUAACUGAUGCUGAUUAGUUGAGGUGUGAUCAAGAAGCAAGUUCAGUUAACUAUGAAGUAGCAGCAACUUGAAGGUUCAGCUGAUGGUUUAUGAUUACAAGCGAACCUUGAGCUCCAGAGAAAUUCCAUAGAAAAAGCAUUUCAUGUUCAGAUCUCUGUGUAAAAGUACUGGAGAAGGAGCUAUUUGAAGGACUCGUGGAAAAUGGGACUCUAAUACUGCAGUGCCCUGCUGUGUUAUAAGAUGAUCUAUAUAUUGAAGUGAGAAUUAGAAAUUUCAGUCCUAUGUUUAGCUAAUGCGGAUAAAAAUGCGGUGUUCAGAUCUCUGAAUGCUCAUAUGUAUCUAUCCUUUGUUGUUUGUGAAGGAUACUUUCCCCAACUUUUAGUGUUGUUUGUGUUUGCUAUUAUGCUGUAUUGCAUGCAUUAUUAAUGUACACUACUGUCUUUAUGGCAGUUCAGUUCCA